AAUGAUUAGGUAUAAUAUGAAAAAUAGGGUAGAAGGUUUCUGUCCGUAUCAUAAGAUUCACGAUGAAGUCUUGGUUACUGGUUACAUUCUUCUUUUGCCUGGAAGGCGGUGCUAAGAGUGAGUUAACUAACAACUGGCCGACAUAUGAACACCCUGACUACAAAGGCCGCUUGUGUUAUUAUUGUCCACCUGGUUUCUAUUUAGUGGAACCUUGCAAACAUUCUUACAAAUCUGAACCAGGAUAUUCUAAUUGUAAAAAAUGUGAAAAAGGAACUUUUUCAGGCAGAUGGAAUGAUGAUCCAAAUUGCUGGGACAGUGAAGUAUGUUCAAUUGAUCGAGUGAAACUUUUUGAUGGUGAAUCAACAGGACCUACCAUAUGCACAUGCAAUUCAUCCAGUGUCGUAAAAAAUGGAGAAUGUGAAUUAGGAAUCUCCAAACGCGAGCAUGAAGCACUCAUGCUUAGGCAAAAGCGAUCAUUUGUUUGCCCAGUCACAACGUGUCCACCAUGUCCUGAUUGCCCCACUAAAGCUAAGAUGAAACCUUUACCAACUUGCCCCCCUUGCAAAGUUACAAACCCUACAAUUGAAGCAGACAACCACCAACAAGUAAUCUUGGGAAUUUUUCUUGCACUAUUUAUUUGUCUAUUCCUGGGAGUUGUGAGAGCAUACAUCAUUCUAUACAGGAAAAAUAAGAAAUUGAAAAACAAACAUAAAAAGGAUGUUGAACAAGGCCAAUCAACAAGAACUUCUAUGCAAGACUUUUCUUGUCAAACUAUUGAUGAAAACAAUGUAGUGCGAACUAAUAGAGAUGGAAGUAAUAUCUCUCGCAGCUCUGACAAUUUGACUUCUUCUCAAUCUAAUACUGAACCACUUUCUUCGCAUGCCUCAACUAGUCCCAUUCCUCAACAGAAAAAUCAAAAAUCAAAACAAGAUAAAAAAAUAGAAGAAUCAGAAUUGGAGCGAGACUCUUUGAAAAACGAGAAUGAAAGGUCGAAGAGAUCCUCAAUGAAGCUGGAAAAAAUCGUGUUACCUAAAGAUAGAAGUAUAAUAGAGGACAGCAAUCUGGAUGAAGCAUUCCGGAUUAUUGCAAGUUCGGUCAUCAAUCGAUCCUUCGAUUUUUAUCAACAAACUCUCAAAUUAGACUCGGAUAUUUGUAUGAAGAUGGAAAAUGAUAAUGAAGGGAGAUCUAUGCCAUUCAAGAUUACUGAUGGACUUUCAAAAUGGAAACAAUUUAAAGGAUCUUCUGCCACUCUUGAUUCUUUGAUCAUUUUAUUACGAAAUGGAAACAGGAAUGAUAUUGCCGAUAAAAUUGAGAAAAACUUGAAUAUUAACUUAGAAAAAGAACACACUGAAAGACAUCAGGAGGGUGUGAAGAUUAAAGAUGAUAAAGAUUCAAGCAUAGAAGAUGCUUUUCGAGAAAUUCCUAAACGUUUUUCGAAUAUUUCAAAUUUUAAACGAUUUGCACGAUCUAGUCGAGGUUUGUCACUUAGUUCCGAUGAAGUUGAAAACAUUUUUGAUUCGGAAUCAAGACAAUCAAGAAAAGAGAAGGAAUGUCAGAUUCUUGAGUUAUGGAAAGAAAAAAAUGGGGAUGAAGCAACAACUUCGAAGCUACGGCAGCUUGUUAAUACAUUCUUGAAUGAAGAUGAUGAAUCUGGACAAGCUUUCACUAACCAGACAAAUGAUGGAAAUAACAGUGCAGAGGCCCUUCUGCAAACUGAACGAUUCUUUACUCAUGAAGAUGGUGAUGCUGAUGACAAAGCUAAUCCAUCUGAAAAUGAUUGUACACAAGAGAGUGGAACUACUGUUGCAGAAACUGUGCCAAAGUCACAUGACCAAGAUGCCACAAAUUCUCAGGAAACCAGACCCAAAGUACACAGCAAUGAUAUUCCAACAUCAAGUGCACAUUCUGAUAUGAGAGUGGAGUUCACGAAAGAGUCAAAUCAAACUGAAGAAGAAGGACUGGGUAUUGAACCAGAUGAGAAUGGAGAUUACACAGUGAAAUCGAAUGACGACGAUGAAGUGUAUGAAGAUGUUGAUCAUAACGAAGAAGAUCCAACAGGGACAUCCGGUGAUCAUGAUAAAACAUCUGACAAGAAAACUGAAAAGAAAAAAACUGAAGAUGACAAUUCUGAAAUGAUCGGACAACUGCUUCUACUUUGA